UUUCUGAAAUGACUUUAGGUGAAACUUACAGGUUGUUCGUCUUUAUUGAUAUCCUGAUGAGCCCACAGCUGCAGAAACUUCUACUUCAAGCUGUGAGAAGCUGAAGAGGUGGGACCAGCUCACAGAGGCAGGGUGCAAAGAGUGAUGUCACAAAGGGGGAGGGACCCUGGCCAGAGAAAAAGAGAGACAAUGUCCUCUGACUUGGACUCCAGCCUCACCAGUAUUGACUGGCUGCCUCAGUUGGGAAUCAGCAGCCUGCGCUCCGGGAGAGAGAGAGGAGGAGGAGGAGGAGAAGGAGGAGGGGAGAGGGAUAAGAAGAAAGACAGAGGAAGGGAGAGGGGAGACUUCCUACCCUCUGUGCCGGACCCCUCCCUUUCUAACUCCAAAGGGAAACCCCCUCACAGCUAUGCCACUCUCAUCGCCAUGGCAAUAGCAGCUGCACCUGAGAGGAAGUUGAGUUUGAAUGACAUCUACACCUGGAUCAGUGACACUUUCCCCUACUACAGCCGAGCUGGCCGUGGAUGGAAAAACUCCAUUCGGCAUAAUCUGUCCCUUAAUAAAUGCUUCAGGAAAGUACCUCGGCCACAAAAUGACCCCGGCAAGGGUUCCUAUUGGACGAUGGAUGGACCUUCAGAGGCGAAUCAAGUGAGGGCGCCUAAACGUCCCUAUCCAGAGGAGGAAGAGGAGAGGCAGGAUGUUUCUCAAGUACCAGGGACACAAGCAGAGAGAGGACCCUCUCCUCAUCAGCCACAACCAACCUCCCACACGGACCACCAGCUUCUUAACAUAGAGCCCCUGGGAGCCGUCCAGCCACAGUCAACCCAGUCUGCCUCCCUCUCUCCUCCCCCACGCAAGCAACCGUCACCCUACAUGCCAAGCCCCGUGUCCAGUCUCCCUGUCCCCCAUCCCUCUGUCUCUCCUUCAGCUGGGCUUCCACCUGCUGCCCCCAUGUCCUCCAUCAAUUCUUUUCCGCCUCCCCAUCCACCUGGCCCCACGUUUCCCAUCCCCACUGCCUCUGCUACACCUCUGUCUGCUGCCAGUAAGUCUACAGCUUCUCCCGCUGCUCCCUCUUUCUCUGAUGCUACUCUGUCCUUUCCUGCUAACUCAGGGCCCGUAUCGGUUUCCACUUUCUCCUGCACUCCUAACUCAGCACCUGUGUCUGUUUGCACUGUGUCAGGACCCGCUCACUCUUCUGUAUCUGUUGUCCCUCCUGUUGUCUCAUUGAACUCCUCCACUGAUCCUCCGCUCCGUUUCACCUUCGAUGAGAUGAAUUUACCAGACUUGUAUGCAUCUUUCAAGUCUCUCUUCAAGACCAUGCGGGAGAGGGGAGGCUCACAGUCGGAUGUUGCUCCACUGGGUGUGCUGAGCAAUGACACUACCCCACUUCACACUCCAACUCUGCUACCAAUGUCUCCUCACCCUGCACCUGCACCACCUCCACCAGCUACACACCCUCCUGAGACAGAGCGUGUUUCACAAUACACGGUGCCACCUGACUGGUUCAGUAACCCAGAUUCUCUGAAGGAGAGCUUCCGCAUUGCCAGCAAUCUAGACUGGGCAAACAUAGACCUCUCUGGGCACCCAGGCCCUCACUUUCUGUCACCAGACCUGCUGGAGAGCAUGCGCCAGGCGGAGCUCUGUGACUGGGCCCUGGACCCGGCGCUCUUCACUUCCCUCUGUGACUCUCUGAACCGCUUCUUCACUCAGAAAGGCAUGAUCACCUCUGGAAAUAACUCCCCACUAGCCCUUGGUGCACCUCACUCCUUACAGGUCCCACCAUUCACCUCCAAUCCACCUCCUACCCUUGCCAGCCUCACUCACCCCUCACCCCUCCCUUACUCUCCCAUAGUUCCUCCUGCCAGUGGAGCUCAGCCGCCCCGGAGGGCUCUGCACAUGCAGGGACAGGGACUUCAAAGACCACAUCUGACACAACCUGCAAACACAGUCGCUGGGAUGCAGCCUCAGUCUAUGACACCACGGCAGCGUCCUCCAUUAAAGAGUCUGCACAGCAACAGUGAGGAGAUUCAGGAUGACUUUGACUGGGAUUCUCUGCUCGUUUGACCCUCGCUGUCUGUGUGGAGAAACGAUUAAAACAGAACUUUUCAGAAAAAUGUGAGUCUUCACUAAACUCUAGCAGAGGCUGUCUCGCUGUUAUGCAUCUUGAAGCUUCUCUGAGCGCAAGUUUGGGAUCAAGUUUGUCAUGUGACUGAAUGCUGUAUUUCAAGGUUGAAAUAGUUGUGUUUUCUUACCUUUAUUCAAAUUCAUAUGCUGUAAUAACUUUUGUUUAGCUUAUCUUCUGCAGGUAAUUGGCAGGAUUGUAGAUUUAUAAACAUGUUCACCAAAGAAAAUAAAGUGUACAUUUAUUUUGGUCA